AUGCAUGGUAUUAUGGGCAACCUUUUUUCGCGAACUGGACGCCGCUUAAAAUGGACGAAACGUUUUCCAUUCGUGAGAAUCGUACGCGAGAAUAACAACACCGGUGAUGAGGCGACCACGACAGAAGAUGCGAAAUGUAGUCGGGAAACCGAACCACUUAUUUAUGUCGCUCUGUACGACUAUAAAGCCAGAACAGCCGAGGAUCUUAGCUUUAAAAAGGGAGAGAGGAUGGAAAUUAUCAAUAACAAAGAUGGUGGCUGGUGGCAAGCGAAAUCUUUGACUUCUGCUGAAACGGGUUACGUUCCAAGCAACUACAUUGCACCAGCGACCUCCUUACAAACCGAAGAGUGAGUAUAGAACAUGAUCGUUUUUAUUACUUAGUAUUAAUAAGAUACUUUUCGCCCACUGUAAAUCAAUAUACAAAUAUUUGUAUUAUCAAGCUUCUUUCAAAAUCAUCAUCUAUAGAUCAAGUAUCAAACGUCUUAUAAACUACAUUCGUACGCUAAUUUGCUAAAUUCUAAACUAAUAAUUUGCUACAUUUGUACGAAAUUCUUAAUUUGCUACAUUUAAGAUAUUCGAACUGUUCGUGCUUAUCAGCGUAAUAUUUACGUAAAUGGGCUUGGUUUUAUCAUAAAAAUUUAUUUGUAUUCUUCCGGUUGCGUCUCUGUUCCCUGAAGAAUGUGAUAACGAACACGUUAAUUAUUUACUCAGUUUGCUAAAAUAAUAUUUUACAAAUUGAAAUCGUAUUUUACAAAUUGAAAUCGUACUUGUACCAAAAUGGCAACUUCAAUUAUUGUGAUUCUAAAUGUGCCUAAGUUACAUGUUAUGUGUUGAUGGUUAGUGCAAUGUGAUUUAAUUAAUAUACAUUCCUGUGUAUUAACCUGAAUGGCUUUGUUAAAUAUUUAGACUUUACAAAUAUACAACUCUUUCAUUUGACUGGAGAGUUUUUGGCAAUCAUUUGAUAUAGCAGUGAUAUGUUAUUGCCAUCAACACUGUAAAUAUUGACACAUAGUUAAAUAUUAACUAUAAACCACAUUCAAUAAAAUGCAAAGAAGUCGUGGGAAUUUUUGUUUUUAAUGUAGCUGCGAGUCAAAUACAGAUAUUGUUGUAAAUCCCCGUAAAUGGACAAUGUGCCCUUGGCUAUAUUCUAGCAAAUGCUAAUAUAUGAUCUUGUUAGAACAGGAGCCAAUGAACAAUAAUAUACUAGGUUCAUCAUUUCAACAUUGAAGAAGUGCUUAACCCUUUAAUUGGCAAUGUGGCCUGAUGCGUCCUACUUGUCAAGGCGAGUGUGCUGCCACUCAAUGGGUAGACAGGCUCAUGUAUUUAUGCUUGACUUGGGAAUAAGUGCGUAAGGAGAAUAAUAUCUACAAUGUGUUUUUCAUAUUUUAGCUGGUAUUUUGGCUCAAUAAAGCGAGGCGAUGCUGAGAAAUUAUUAAUAAACCAUGGCGCACAAGGUUCGUUCCUCAUCAGAGAUAGUGAGACGCAGCAAGGAGGGUUUUCUCUGUCGUUGCGGGAUGGUGAAAGUAUCAAACAUUAUCGGAUCCGCACCCUUGAUCAAGGUGGUUAUUUUAUCUCAAGAAACGAAGCAUUCCUCACAUUGAAAGAACUGGUGUCUUUCUACAAAGAGAAUGCAAGUGGCCUAUGUGCACAGCUACAGCAACCAUGCCCCCAUAUUGAUACCCCUACGACCAUAGGCUUAUCCCACGAUACAAACGACAAGUGGGAAAUUCCCCGUAAGUCAAUCCGUCUGCUCAAUAAGCUUGGACAAGGUCAGUUUGGUGAGGUUUGGCAGGGACUAUGGAAUGAAACAACCCCAGUUGCUGUGAAAACCUUAAAAUCAGGCUCAAAGGCAACGCACGACACUGCAACUGCAUUUUUACAAGAAGCGCAAAUCAUGAAGAAACUCAAUCAUCCAAAACUUGUUCAACUUUUUGCUGUUUGCACAAAAGGUGAUCCAAUUUACAUCAUUACUGAACUAAUGACCAGUGGUAGUUUACUAGAAUAUCUUCAAAGUGAACUGGGUCAAAGGCUAAAUUUUCCACAGUUAAUUGAUAUGGGCGGUCAAGUCGCUAAAGGCAUGGCAUAUUUGGAACAAUGUCUAUAUAUCCACCGUGAUCUUGCUGCGAGAAAUGUUUUAGUCGGUGAGAAAAAUAUUGUUAAGAUUGCUGACUUUGGUCUGAGUCGUAUUAUUAAUAAUGACGAAUAUAUCGCGCACGAGGGUGCGAAGUUUCCCAUUAAGUGGACAGCGCCCGAAGCAGCGUUGUAUCACAAAUUCACCAUUAAAUCCGACGUGUGGUCUUUCGGGAUUCUACUCACCGAACUGAUCACCCGGGGGCGUAUUCCGUAUGCAGGCAUGACAAACUCUGAGGUUUUGAGAAAGGUCGAAAUUGGAUACCGUAUGGAACAGAUGAGAGAUUGUCCCGAUCCUUUAUAUCAAUUGAUGUUAGAAUGUUGGAAGGCGGUCCCAGAACAAAGGCCGACAUUUGAAACACUACAGUGGCAGCUGGAAGAUUUCUUCACCAUUGAGAAGACUGAUUAUUCUGACGCGCAGUGA